GCUGGCUGAUUCACCAGCUGAUGUAAACUUGCUGUUUGACAUGAUAAACUGCACGAUUUGAUCACAAAGUUCAGUUUACAAUGAGACAGCAUAUAAGCUUACGAUUUUUAUUGUUACUAACUCUGAUUGGGAAGCUUAAARCCUCUUUGGGAAGUCAGUCAGACACCUCCAUUGAAUUUCCUCCAAAGUUCGUUGCGAGCAAUGAUCCAAAAAUUCCUGCUGGUCAUUUAAAACCAUUUGGAUACCAAAGACCUCCCGACGGACCGGUGGCUGAGUAUAMUACAGUCUUACACCCUGUUGAWCUUUGGGAAAAACAUGUCAAGCAAAAUAAACCUGCAGUUUUUCGUCAAGCGAUUGCAAAGUCUUCUGCACUUUCUCGAUGGACUGACGACUAUUUGAAGGAACAUUAUGGUGAUUUGGAUGUUUUGAUUGAAUUGAAAAAGGAAAAUCGAAGUUUUUCAGCUCGCAGAACGACUUUAGCUACUUUUAUUAAUAACUAUAAAGCGAAGGAUAUCUAUGUUGUUACUGUUCUACCAGAUCCCAUGAGGAAAGAGGUUCAGGUUCCAUCUUGUUUGUUGUGUGGCACAUUUGUGGAUUUAAUUCAUGAGACAAACUUCUGGAUGAGCUCCGGGGGAACUCGCUCUUUAAUCCAUUUUGAUGCAGACCAYAUAGUGCAUUGCUUGGUUGCUGGGAGGAAGGACUGGAUGCUUAUGAACCAACAACAUGUCGAUGACUUAUACAUGGAGGAGAGGAGUAGGCUUUCUGGUUCUGGUUUCACCAAGAUUAAUCCAGAUAAGGUUGACAUGUUAAAAUACCCCAAAGUUGCCAAUGUAUCUUGGCAAUACACUACACUCUACCCUGGAGACUGUGUCUUCUUACCUUCAGAGUACAUCCAUCAAGUACGUUCUUACGUUCGGAGUAUAUCAGCAACAAUGUUGUUUACAACUGAUGAAGAUAAAUUUGAUGAUAGAGGCUGUGAUAAGGUUGAUCUGAAUGCAAAUGUUACUUUGGACAAAGUCCAUGUUCAUUGGACCUAUAACAAAGGUGACAGUGUAAUAGAGAUGGGAUACAUGAACAUUGAAAUGCUUAGAAACACCAUGUUAAGUGCCAUGGAAAAGAUGAAAACUGAUAUUCUUACACCUGAACUUUUUGAGAAAUAUUGGCAACAUUCAAUGGAUGAAGAUUACGAAAGCWGUGACCCCAAAAAGGUUUUCAGGACAUUAAUUGAUAAAGAAGGCAAAGGAUUUCUUACUGUUGAAGAUGUGAAGAAGCUUUCAGCUGAUGCUAUCAAAGAACUUGCAAGGUUAAUGGAUCCUCCACAUGGUCCCAAGAARGAGAAGGAAGAUCAAUUAGGUGAUUCCAAUUUGGAAAUAAAAGAGCCAAGACUGGAUGAGGAUGAAGACAACAUCCAUGGUGAAAAAGAGGAUUCUAGUGAAAUGGCUGAWGAAAAUUCUUCAUUCUUGAAAGAUAACACUGAAAGAGCCUCACAUAUUGAGCUUUGAUAUUCUUCUGGUUAUAAUAUGAUUUUUUGUCAGAAAGGACUAAGUUCAAGGAUUUCCCAUUGUGUAUUGUCAUAUGCAAUUAUAAUCUAGCUUGGUUGCCUUCCUCCAAAAAAACAAACAAAGAAGGAAGAGUGUAAAAUUAAGUCUUUAUCAAGUUAUCAGUUAAGGACCUGGGGCCAACACCAAUCACAGGAAGGGAACUAUAACUGAACCAGAACCAAAGCUGUUAAUUAUAAAAUUUACAGUGAAGUAUUGUAUAAUAGUAACGGUAACUUAUUAAGCUAUAAGGUCUCUGAGACCAAUGACAAUGAGCAAGUAAGAAAUGUUUGUUUGUUAUGAAUUUGCUCCUUUGAUAUUAAAAUUUUACAGUGCAAAUUGGAAAGCAAUACAGCCCAUACGGCCAAAAGAUAUUUCUAAUUGACCAAUCAGAAGAGACAUAAUAUGAAAGGACCGCAUGGCACUAUGAGAUUCAUGUACUAGCAAGGAGGUCAUACUGGGAGAAAGACCCUUGGAAAUAAAUUUGGAAAAAUUWAUUUCCAACCUGGCUGGGUUUCGAACACAAGUACAGCUGGUAGAGCAUCAGCAGUAGUACAAAUUCAAGGGAAAAUUAAUUUUUCAGAAUUUAUUUCCAAGGGUCUUUCUCCCGGAAUAACCUUUUUCCAAUCAGAAGAGAGAUUAAGAGUCAUCUAAGUGCAUUUUAACAUCACCAAAAUGAAUAUUUAGAAUAUUUAUCUUCAACCAACCCUGCAUUUAUGUUUGCCAAUGUAGGCCAAAGCCAUUCCUCCUAAAAACAAUUYUGCCUUUUCACGGCUCUGUGGUACACUACUGUUAUUAAUUACACAUGGAAAUCUCGAGAUUCUUUACAGGCUUGAGACUGUGGACUGUGUCCUGUCGACAACAACAUUUUUUGAAAUAGGUGUAGAAGAGCUACAGCUUGGUGACCUUGGUUGUCGUGCUGCGUUAGCUGAGUUUUUCUUAAAGUUUAUGAUCAUGUAUUUUCAAUGUUUUGGCGUUUACAGUGGAGCUUGGGAUACCUGUGGCUGCAAAGAAUCGCACGACCUCGAGUACAAUUUGGAAUUAAUAGUCACGAGUAAUGUUUUGAAAGUUCUCGUAAUUGCACGAGCCCGAUAGGGUUAGUUACGAGAGGUUGUGCGAUUUUUUACAAUUAACGCUGUAAUUGUACUCCUCUCGACCAAUCAGAAUGUAUUAUUUUGUUGAAUGUACUAUAACAACAUGUACGGACU